AUGGCUGGUAAUGGAAAUAGUGAUGGUAACAGUAAUGGUAAUGAUAAUGGUAAUAAUAAUGGUAAUAGUAAAGAUAAGGGUAAUGGGAACGAUAAGGGUGAUGGUAGUGGUAAUGGUGAGAGUAAUUGUAAUGGGAGCGGUAAUGUUAAUGGUAAUUACUGUGACAAUGGUAAAGGUUACGGUAAUGAUAAAAGGAAUGUGAUAAUGGGUAAUGGAAAUGGUAAUCGUGUGGGUAAUGCUAAUGGUAAUGGUAACGAUAAUGGUAAUGUUAAUAGUGUAAAAAAUAUUAAUGGUAAUGUUAUUUGUAAUGGCAAUGCUAUUGGUAAUUGGUACUUGGACAAUACCUCUGCUUGCUUGCAAGCUCUUUUCUCUAAUAGACCCUAA